CCAAAAAAAAACCUGGGAAUGAAAACCCUAACACAUCCAAUAUAAAGUAACAAAACCUAGGUCAUUCUUCACUUCAUCUUCCCAGUUGGAGCGCCUCACCCAGUGCUGUCGUGAGAUUGCUCAGAGGAGAGACCUUGCUGACAAAAGGUGGGACGAUGGCGUACGCUGCGAUGAAGCCUACUAAACCGGGUUUGGAGGAGCCACAAGAGCAGAUUCACAAGAUUAGGAUCACGCUGUCCUCCAAGCACGUGAAAAAUCUUGAGAAAGUUUGCGCGGACUUGGUUCGUGGUGCCAAGGACAAGAGGCUUAGGGUCAAGGGACCUGUGAGAAUGCCCACUAAAGUUCUUCACAUUACCACUAGGAAAUCUCCAUGUGGUGAAGGCACCAACACAUGGGACCGAUUUGAGCUUAGGGUGCACAAGAGAGUGAUUGAUCUCUAUAGCUCCCCUGACGUGGUUAAGCAGAUCACCUCGAUUACAAUUGAACCUGGUGUCGAGGUUGAGGUCACGAUUGCCGAUGCUUGAUCUGCCAAAAAAUUUAGAAUUUUUGUUCUUGAUUCUAGUCUCUCUGUGUAAUAUGUGGGAGUUCAACAACUCAUUUACUAGUUUUAAUGCAUCAUUCCCUUUUGUAGUUUAAAUUUUUGGAAUUUGAUCUGUGGUAGAGGAAUUGAGUUGUCUGUUGUUUUCUAGUUCUAUGGUUGUUGACAAUGAUGAAUACAGCGAAACAUAUUAAAGUUGAAAACUUUUUAAGUUUUGAAGUUAUACUCUAA